UUUUCAUGACUGCGCCCGAGCCCUGCGCCCACAAGCCACAUGCAACUAACCAUGCACCUCGCCUGCAACCCAUGGACACAUACACAACAAAAUGCAGGUUGUACACGUGGGGCGCAAACAGUUAUGGGCAGUUGGGACAGGGAAACACCGAAGACCUGGCGGAUCCGCAACAUACUGAAUCGUCUCUUUUAAAGGGCGUGAUUUGCAUCACUGGUGGAGGUGGGCACUCAGCUCUCAUAACAGAUUCCGGUUCGCUGCUAGUUUGCGGACAGAACCACAAAGGACAGCUUGGCCUGGGUCACACCACGGAGGUGUUGACUUUUGUUCCCCUCUCUCUCUCAAGCCCUGUUCAGCAGGUGUGCUGCGGCUGGGAUUCCACCCUCUUUCUCACUGACAGUGGCCAGGUGCUGUCGUGCGGCUCCAAUGCGUUCGGCCAACUGGGAGUGUCUCUGCAGGUGCCCUAUUCUGCGGAGCCUCUGCCAGUCCAGUCUCUGCACGAGCCUGUCAUCAGUAUAGCAGCUGGACUCAGACAUGCCCUGGCUGUGACAUGCAGUGGUGGUGUGUAUCAGUGGGGUAAAGGGAUGCACAGUCAGGCCAAACGAUGUAGACAUGACACUGUGUUACCGUCUUACCUGUCUUCUAAAGAGCCUUGUAAAGUUCCAGGUCUGGAUCUUGUGACCUCUGUAAAAGUAGCUGCAGGCUCCACCCAUUCUGCAUGUCUCACAGCAGGGGGAGAUGUCUUCCUGUGGGGCAGUAAUAAGUACGGACAGCUGGGACAUGCUGACUCAUUUCUGCCCCUUCCUGUGGCCUUAGACCACUCACUGUUCAAUGGAGAGAGUGUUAUUCACAUUCACAGUGGCUGGACACAUCUCAUAGCCUCAACUGAGAGUGGCCGUGUCUUCACCUGGGGAAGAGCCUGUUAUGGGCAGCUUGGCAGACCGGUGCCAGCCAAUGAGGGCACAGACCUGGGCCGAGAUGCAGCUCAGACAGGAAGCUCACUUAGGCCACACAGUGUUCCCACAGAGAUCUCUCAUCUCGCUGGAGCAUCACAGAUUGCCUGUGGAUCUGAACACAAUCUGGCUAUUAAAGGGGAUUGUCUGUUCUCCUGGGGAUGGAACGAGCAUGGAAUGUGUGGAGACGGAUCCCUUUGUGACGUCAUGCGCCCGCAGCCAAUCCCUGCGCUCCGAGCCGCCAGGCCCGUGCUGAUUGGCUGUGGAGCAGGACACUCCAUGGCUCUGUGCUGUUUGAAGGACAGGGAGGUGGAGGACUGUGCUACUGCUUCUGCUGCUCAAGCUGAAGGUGAAAGCGUUUAAGGCACUCGCCUGCCCUUGCUGCUAACGCACAAAUGGUCACAUGAGAAUGUGUGACUUAACACCCCCCCACACACACACACACACACACACACACACACUACAAGGACAAAGCCCUUCAUGACUACAUUUCAAUAUGAGUAAACAUAGAGAGAAUGAGAUACCUUUAAUUUGUUAUACUCAUGAGAUUUACAAUGUUUACUCUAAGCAAUAUUUUUAGUAGAGUGUUUAUACACUGUGUGGCUUUGCUGCGGAGUCCCAGUGGAGAGGUGUAAAUGGAGAGGGAGUGUAUUUACUGCUCUCUGGCACUGGUGCUUUUUCAGCCCGUGCACAUUAGAUCAUUACAGCAUCGUACAUGCCCCUGCUGUGGGACGUACUCCAUCAUGGUAUAGGUUUAUGGCUCUCAACAUGAUUGACCCCCAUUGGGGCUGUCUCGCUGAGGGGACUGAUGUCUAGACUCUUGACUCCUGACUAUAGGAUAAGCCCUGGCAUUAUGAUCAUAUCACUCGACUGAAUGGAACGUAAAUUCAGGUGUCAUGUUAAACCCUUUGUCAGUGUCUGCCUAGUACCAUUAAUAAAAUAAAUGGCUUUGGUUUAUCA